AUGAACCAGAAGCUCGUCGAAUCAACAUCCAGCACCGUGUGGGCAGCCGUCUCGCAAUGGCUGGCGCCCAGCAAUGCGGAUUUGGAGUACUGGUGGAAGCUCACUGGCCCGCAAGUCGCGCAUAUGAUGGUGGCUGCUGGCUACUCCACCGAGGCGCAGUACAACGCCCUCUUGUUCCACUACCAUUGGAUCCUUCCCUAUCUCGGCCCCGCGCCCAGAGCCGACCGCCCCCUCAGAUGGAACUCGCUCCUGGGCAACGAGGGCUCGCCCAUUGAGUACUCGUGGAAGUGGAACACGCCGACUGGCAAGCCCGACGUGCGCUACUGCAUCGAAGCGAUCGGCCCGUACGCGGGCCGCCCCCUCGACCCUCUGAACCAGGACGCCUCGCUGGAGCUGCUGCACCGCCUGCAGGAUCUCGUUCCGACCGUUGAUCUGACGCUGUCAAACCACUUCGCCGCGACGCUCUUUGACCACAACCGCGGCAAGUACGCGGAAGAGGCCGCCAACGGCGAGCACUUUACCAGCACCGUCUUCAUUGCCCCGGAGUGGCUGGAGAGCGGGUUCAAUGUCAAGACGUAUUUCCUGCCUCGGCGCGUGGGCGCCACAGCCAAUGCUAAGGGCCUCGCGUUGGCGGACUGGGAGGAGUCGUUCAAGCAGCUGGAUCCGGAUAACGAGGCUCGCCGCGUCGCGUUUGACUUUUUGGCCAACGACCCCGAGGGUCAGGCGAUUACGCCCUACAUGCUCGCCGUCGACAACGUAGUCCCCUCGCAAUCCCGCCUGAAGCUCUACUUCAUCGCCAAGCACAGCAGCUUCAGCUCAGUCCGGCAAAUCCUCACGCUCGGCGGCCGCAAGCCCGUCCCCGAAGCGCACCUCCAAGAAGUCCGCUCGCUGAUCUGCGCGGUCUCGGGCCUGCCGCCGAACUUCCCCGAGGAGGACGAAACCCCUUUCACAGCGGCGCACUACACAACCGCCACGCGCGACAACUUCGGCGCCCUCCCGGAAAUCCUGCACAGCUACGUCUACUAUUUCGAUAUCGCGCCGGGCAAGAAACUCCCCGAUAUCAAGUUCUAUACGCCUGUGCGCGGGUACGGGCCGAAUGACCGCGACCUCGCAAAUAGCCUGAUUGGGUGGAUGGCAGAGCGCGGGAGAGGUGGGUAUGCCAAGGAGUAUAUGAGUGUCUUGGAGACUUUGAACGCGCAUCGCAGGUUGGAGGAUCGCAAGGGGGCGCAUAUCUAUAUUAGUGCACUGAUUAAGAAGGAUGGCCAGCUGGAUGUGACGAGUUAUCUUGGGGCUGAGGCGGUUGAUCCGCUGAGGAGGGAGCCUGCGAGGAGGAGGGGGACGUUUCGGAGGGAUGAGUGA